AUGAUAAAAUGGCCAUGGGUGUACCCCCUCGCAGAGAAGAAUCCCUGACGUUAGUGUUCGUUGAGACCAAAAAGGGUGCAGAUGCCCUUGAGGAGUUCUUGUACCGUCAUGGAUACCCCGUGACGAGCAUUCAUGGUGACCGAAGCCAACGUGAACGAGAGGAUGCUCUUCGUGUCUUCCGCUCUGGCCAGUGCCCUAUCCUUGUGGCAACUGCUGUGGCAGCUCGUGGUUUGGACAUUCCACAUGUUAAGCAUGUCAUUAAUUUUGAUCUGCCAUCGGACAUUGAGGAAUAUGUUCACCGUAUCGGUCGAACUGGUCGUAUGGGUAACCUUGGCCUUGCCACUAGUUUCUUCAAUGACAAGAAUCGCAACAUGGUACGUGACUUGGUAGAACUCUUACAAGAGGCCAAGCAGGAGCUUCCUAAGUGGCUAGAGGCUAUUGCCUCUGAAGCACGCUUUGGAGGUGGAGGAGGAAGAGGCCGCGCAGGAGCCAAGCGCUUCGGUGGAGGUUUUGGAUCCCGAGAUUACCGUCAGGCCGACCGCAACAAGGGCCCCCACACUGCAGGGCCUGCACGUCCAGGUGGAGGCUUCAACAGCUUUGGUGGAGCUGCUCCACACUUCAAUCAUUAUGGAGGGUAUGGAGGUUUCAGUGGAAGCCAAGGCUACAAUAGCUACAACACCUCUGGCGCUUCAGGGACAGACUGGUGGGGGGGUAACUGAGCCCUGGCAGCAGGAUCUGUGGCACCUUGCCACCUUGUGCAACACUUGUUACACCUGGGACUGUACCAUUAGUGGAAGUGCAGUGUUUGCUUUUUCUUUAGUUUAGACAGGGUAGUGUAAACCCUCAUUAGUAUAUAAGGUAUUUCUGCCACAGCAGGAAGUGUUUGUUAAUUAGCAGUUUACCUAUACUGACAUGUGUAAGAGGUCAGUCUUAAAGAAUGGAACAUGCUUGAAACUGGAUAUUAUCAUUAUUUGAAAGACACUCCCAGAAUUGUGUAUUGCUUUAUAUUGUAACCCGUACUUGUACCCAGUAACAAGUGACCACAAAGUGGCAUAGAAAGUUUCAGCAGCAGUCAAACUUUUUAAGUGUUGUUAAUGCCCAUAACCUGCUGUCUUAAAGGAAAUGUGAACCACUUAUGAUGCGGGGUUCUCUUUUUAAGCUUGAAGUUUCGGUAUGUCACAGGCUUGGAACUUUUCUCUGAAUACUUGACCUUAGACUUGACUGAGCAAAUAUCUUGAUGUUUUUUGUCAGGAAGUCUGCAUCAUACCAAAUAAUACUGACUUUAUUUAGAGGAGAACAUGUAUGUUUCUAAUGCUUUUUUGUGUGAUUAUUAGCAAUCAAGAGGGGGGGCUAAAUAGUAAAAUGUAGCCCCAUCUCAACCUUUAGCAUGGAGCUUAAACUUCCAUGUUCCACUGUGUAGCACUGAGGACUUUGUAGACCCUUUUUUUCAAGUUACAUGUGAUACAGAGAUGAUGCAGAAACUGAGGUCAUUUGUGAAUAAUGUUUUAUCCCUAUGAUGCCCCACAUUGCCAGGAUUGGGCUGCUGUUAACUUUUGUGUCUAAUAUGUAAUGUAGCAGUUGUGUUGCUGGGUGAGAUGUAGUGAAUACAGCCUCAGCAAAAUCAUUAAACAUUGGAAAAUCACUGAACCGCCCAGGCAACGGCAACAUGCACUCUGUUGCGUUCAUUAAGGUAUUAUAAUUGUAGACUUCUGUAGCAUGGCUUUUGGGAAGUUUAAUUGAUGAUUUGAUAUUUUGCCGUCCCUUUUGAUUGUUGUGUUGAAUGAGCCUCUGGAGCAGCUGUGAUUGCAGUUAUUUCAAAUUUACUUACUUGUUGCUCAGAAGGAACACUUAACUUUAUAACUUGUCUGGAUUACAUUUGGACUUAUUCCAAAUGAGUUAUGUUUUUAAAGACUUAAGGGAUUGAUUCCUAAAGAGGCUCUGCAUGGAGAUGUGUCUUUGUCUCUCCUUCUGGAUUUUGAAGACCCACCAGUUUUUUACUUUAGUUCGGUUGGACUCGGGUGCUGGAUACAGCAUCCUCUACACAGUAGCGGCCAGAGCCGCAACACGUGGCCGCAGCAUCACUCAAGCCUGGUCUCCUGAAGGCAGUGGCUAGCAUUGUUGCAGUAAUGAUCCAUCCCUGAGUCAUACAAAUCACCUGACUAAUCUCAGGGCAUAGGCUUACCCAGUGUUCGACAAAUGUGUUCCUGUCUGGUAAUGUAACAAACUGGGCAGGGAGGCAUCGCUGAUAAGCAGCAGCGAUGCAUUUGAUGCAUCUUAUAUAGAAUCGCUGUGGCACAUUGCAGCCUUCUUAGAUAUUAAGUCAAACUAAUGUAAAUUAUGGGAAGGCCGUGUGUGCCUGGACUCACUUUGGCGAACACUGCCAUUAUUACUGUGAUAUUGUUUGAUGCCCGUGAUGAGGCGGGCAGUAGGGUGCGGGGCCAGGUUUGGGUUGUGGCAGAGAGCGCCCCCGGCAGAGGGCUGCCAGCUCUUCCCUGGCAAGCACUAGCAGGGUUGCAGCAAGUACUGGUAACAGUCAGAGGUACAGCCCACAUUCCACUUUUAUCAUGAUCCUCCACAAAAUGGUUAUAUAGUUAUAUUUCUUGUAAUCUCAGUCAUAGCCUGAGUAUUGCCAAAGAUAUGUUAGUUUGUAUGUUCAUGUACAAAUGUUGUCUUUAUUUAGUGAUCCAUAUUUGUUAUUAUAGAUGCUGACAUAAGCAGUCAUGCUUAUGCUCACCUCAGACUAACUCUAGUCGGUGAUGGCGCGCUGUUCCUCAUUGUAAACAGGCAGGAGUGUGUGUGUGUGUGUACGGAAGAAUUUGGCUCCUGGUUCCCAGUGAACAAAACUGAUUGCCCAUAGAUCUGAAUGUUUGGGCAUUUCUCAUGUUAAUAUAUCUCAUCAGCUCCUUGUAUCACGGUGCUAGAAUUUAAUAUAUUGUCCAGGAGCUUUGAUCAGGUACAAAGUUGGUAGCACAAUGAUCUGUCAAGAAGAUAUUUACUGUGUUCACAAAUAAUUUGGUGUUUUAAUAUAAGCACUGCUCCUGCUCCCAAGUAUGGGAAGCUGCAUUGUUAGCUAGGGUAUUUAAACUAUAAAUUGUGCAAAAUUUUAACUACUCAUGGUACAAUGAUUUAUAAAUGUACAGAUUGUGCAUUUUAUGUAACUGCUUGUGUGGGAUUCUAGCCAAACAAAGACUGUAGGAGUUUUCAGAUUGUAUAAAGUAGAAAUCAAUGUACCAACUUAAAUUGAUCCUGGGGCACUGGAUGUGCUUCCUAAUCAGCUAAGUGACACUUAAAGCAUGUGGAGAUACCGGUAACCUACACAUGAGGUUGCCAGGGAACCUCCUGCUACUGCUGCCAACUAUGCCAUGACGUUCAAUGGUUUGAAAGGUAGUAAAUAGUGGCAGUUAUUAGUAUUAUAAUAUGCUGUACCUCAGCUGAAGUAUGUUAUGGUGAAGUUGUUGGCAGUGGCAAGAGGUACCAGGGAUCAACUUUCCACCAAGGAAGAGCAAUGUCAUCUUCCGGGCCCUGCGAGAGCUUGAUUAGCUCUUCCGGGAGGUCAGGAAGUGGUCCUCAACAUUUCCCAUGGAAAGAAAGUGUACCUAAUAUUGGGGAAAUAUACGGGGGGGUCUCUGCGCCAAAUAUUGUGUAGAUAAAAUGUACUGUCUUUUUAUACAAGAUUGCAAGCUAUUUUUUAUUUCUCUCAUUUCUAGAGAUUUAAGGAGAGAUCUCACAUUGAUAGGGAUGGCAAAUUGAAAGUCUACUACUAUUAUAUUCACUCUGGCAUUUAGAACAUUUAUGAACUAGAGAUGUACUCAAGCUUUCUUAAAGUCAAAUAAAAACAGUAAAAUAUUA